AGGGUUACGUAGAGGCGGCUAAGUCCACGACUAGAGUGGAAUUACCUUCAAUAUCUUGCAAACUUUCAUAGCAUAAAGAACACCUUCUUGUUCUUCAUCUUCUACUUGUUGCAAUCAGAUUUUUUAAUAUCACUAAUAUGUAAGGGAAAAAAUUAUCACUAAUUAUAAAUACAUAGACAACUAUUAAUCAAUUAUCUUUACAAUACUAGAGUCCUUUGCUGUACAACCAAAAAAAAUGACAUUCCUACGUUUCUGUGGCGUACUAGCCUUCCUCAAGGGAAGCGAAGCCGCUUUCUCAUCUGAUGGCAGCGCUGGCCUCGAUGUCGUUGAGGGCACCAAAUUGCACCAUGCAGCUGAGUCGGCAAACCUCCAUGAUGAGAGAAUCAAGGACAACAACAGCCUGUCCUUGUGCGGAACAGCCAAGGAUACUUCCUCGAAGUGGGAACUGGUCAUGCCAUGGCGCAAACUGAACCGCCUAUACGCUGAGAUGGAGCAAGUCUCGAACCGCGUAGACCAAAAAAAUCAGGAAAUCCGCACUCUGGAACACAGAGUAGUGUCCUUGCGCACUCAGAAGGAAUUGGAGGAGAAAACUCUGGAAUGUCAGGCUAAGCGCAAAAUAGAGCAGCUGGACGACGCCAGCAAAAAAGAGAUUGAGGCGUUGAAGGAACACUACAAACGGCAAGAUGAGCAACUGAAGUUACGAUGAACGAUAAGGGUAGGAGUCGUUGAAGUUGAAAGAGUUUGUCUUGAGGUCUUUUUUUAAGAAUUUGCUAAUGAAAAUGAUAAUGCUCGUGCUAAGAUUCUUGACGGUCGUGUUUUUAGUCCAACUUAUAUUUUUUGGUACAACUAUUCAAUUGACAAAGAAAUGACUUUGAAUAUUUGAAUUCUUGUUUCAACAUCUGUCUUUAGUGAAAGCCGAUUUGGAAGAACAGAAGGAAACCUUUAUUAAACGAUUAUACAAGGGAAAGCGAUCGUUGUAGGCAAAUGGAGAAAGCAUGAGAAGAAAUGCAAAAAAGAAGGAACAUAAUUAGAAAUAAAGUGCAUACCCGUCGAAAGACUGGGUAUAUCAUCAUCAUCAUUACGUAGCCAUUUUGGCUCAAGGGACUUUAACACACCAAGAAAACGAAAAAUGUUAUCCAGCUGCAAACCCGUCUCUCUGUCCUGUGACAAGGCUUUUUUUCAUCUCUUGUAAGAUAGAUAAGACUUUUGACUCUCUAAGGUUCGCAAGCUUACGGCAUGCAAAGGAUGAAAUGCAGAGAAAUCUGGAAGCUGAUAAACUUAAGGCUUAUAUCCUAGUCCAUUUGAUCUCGUGUCGGUGUGUGAUGAAGCAUAAUGACAACUACACGUGUGUGAUGAAGCUUUCAUUCAAGGGGAGAAACUAAGUGGGUAAAGGUAAGCUUUUAUUCACCCACGUGUACUAGAAACGGAAGGUUCUCGUCCGGAUGAUCUCAUUUUCAGAGGCUCUCAGGAUGCAUCUCGAGGGAGAUGAUGGGUUACUUUUACUUUUAGUCGUGAGUUCUAAUCAACGCGAGAUGGAAAAGAAACUGAAAGAGGAAACUCAGGAAAAGAGACAGCGUUUCCAAAAAAUUUUCGAGGAUGACAUGGCUGAUGUGCGCAAACAUCAAAUAGAGAAAAAACAAAAGCUGGAACAAGAGUGUUAUGGGGCGACAAUGUAGUUCUAGUUUGUUCCUUAACAGCGACCACUACAUAUAUGAUGUGCGUUGUUUUUUCUUAAUAUGGAAUUCAAGGCGUUGAAGACUCUGAGGCCCACUUCCUCGUAUCUAAGUACUCAAGUCUACAUGAUCACAACAUCCACGUCUACUUCGCUUUUUCUUCCUCCUCUAACACCUCCGCGAAGUGUCGGACCGCUUGGACCAGGAACGGGAGAAAUUGGGAAAUUGCCAGAACAACCUAGAAUCUUCCGAGAGAGAGCUCCAAAGACUAUCCAGCUUAGCUGAUCGGAAGAACGAACGAAUUGAGUCUUUGAAGCAGGAAGCAACCCAAGUGGCCGAUCAAGUUGCCGAAGCGCGUGAGGCGGAAAAGGUACUGCUAUACUAUAUUUUGUUCAUACAUCAUGUACCGCAGCACUACUAGUGCAACUGCAAGGACCUGUGCUACUACUCUGAAGCAUUUCAACAUUUAAACCACAUGAAGAGGAACAUAAAAAGCUACUUCACGUACCAUUAGUACGGCAGAGCUUGAGGUAUAGAAAUAGAUACAACUACAUGCUUUUGCUUUAUCAACUCCGUUAUAAAUACUGAUAGGUACUGUUGUCACUGCAAGCGAAUAACUUGACCUUUCUCAGAAGCUAAUUUUGCGUCCGCCAUGGGCAUGCCUAGUAUCAUCAUCAUGAUCGAACUGCAUAUACAACGACAAUAUUAUCAAUUCCACAGCUCGCUUUGCAAGCCGCCUCUGAGUCUCGGAUCCGUGUGGAAAAGGACUUACGCCCUGUGAUGGAGCAAUGGCAUAAAGCCAGCAUCGAACAUGAACUGAAGCGAGCUCAACUCGCCGAAGCAUCCGCGUAUCAUGAAAAAAUAAUGGCGAGAGUUGAAAACAUGCAUACCAGUAAGGUUAAGGCUUUUCCCAAUCCAUCUCCAGAAGCAUCUCAGGAUUCCAUCAGAGGCAAACGGCCUCAAGAGGAGUCUCAAGAAGAUGGAUUUGGAUUAGGGUGAGCUCUAAUAAAAAUGGUGGUGACAAGGGACAACACGGUCAAGGAAUGGCCGCUCUGUUUGAGGUUGUCGCGAAAACGGAACGAGCGGAGGCAGAGUUGGAGCGUUUGAACAAGGACUUGGCGGAGAAAACGAAAGAGCUAGAAGACAAGAAGAAAGUCGUGGACGAAACGAAGCGAUACCACGAAGAAUUUCUGGUCGAGAACGCAGCCUACGGCUGGACAGGCAAGGCUGAGGGACUGAUGCGCGCCAACCAGCUAUUGGAGGAGAAGAACGCUGCGAUCUCAAUUGCCGACAGCCAACUGAAAGAGGUGGAAGCUGCAUUGCGCCAAACAAAGGACAUUAAGGCUACUUAGUUUAUCUUCACUGUUCUCGUGGACAGGAGUGUCUACUGCUGAGUGUUGGAGUCCCAUCCUUUGGUUUCUUAAAGGGGGAAGAAACCAAUGGGGAAAAAGGUCCCAGCUUCCUUUCUUAAUUUUUUUUUACUAUAAAUAUUACUAGGGUAGAUUAAAAUAAAAAUUUACAGGAACGACAAAACAAGGGGGACUCAGACUCACUGAACCAGGCAUGGUGAAGAGGUACUUACUUUCUCUAAGGGCCAAAAGAUCCAACUGGAGACGGAUUUGGCGGAAAAGCAAAAAGAAAUCGAUGGUCAGGUGGAGGCCUUCGAAAAGAAGAUGGCUGCUUUGGAUGAGACACGCGAAGCUGAGCGCAUCCGUGUAGCAACUGCCUUGAAAAGCAGCGAAGAGGCUACACAAAAGCAUGAAGAAUUCCAACAGUGUGCUGAGAACAUGGAAGAAACGCUGAAGGAGAAACUGGAGGACUUCGAAGCAGAAGCCGAAAGUCUGAGAGAGGAGUUGAAGAAGAAGAGUGGGCUCGUCGUGGAAUAUCAGGAACAGGCCUCUUUACUGGCCGAGACAAAUCGGGACCUUCGCCUGAAAUGCGCCACAGCAACCUCCAAGCUCGCUUGCAUGGAAAAAGCUGCUGAAGCUAGAAAGCAAUGCGCCAUCGCGAAGAAAGAAACUAAGGUCGCUACGAAGGUCCUCAAAAAAGAACUGAAUAGAAGUAGGAUGAGCAAAAAGAAAGCUGGUUCUUCAGGGUCGUCACCCUCAGGAGCAGGUGCUGCAAAGGUGAUCAAGAGAGGAAAUGCCCAUCGUUCUGUCGUUCAAAGUGGUGAAGCAGAUCAGCAGCAGCUGGCGCUUGGACCGAUCUCCCAGUCUGCUUCAUCUACUCCCUCUUUCAACAAGAUGUUGAAGAUGAAGGCGAAUCAGUGGAGAAUGUUGCAAGAUCGGAAAUUAGAGGCGAAAAAUGAGCUUCGAAGAAUGAUUCAUGCAGCUAGUGAGAAGCGUGUGCAGGAAGCAAAACAUGCUGCUGCGGUGGACAAGGAAUGCUCAGAAGACCGUUUAUGGAAAGUCGGAGAUUUCUUUGAUACUUAGUACUAGUAGAGAACUACAAACAUUAGCAUUAUUUUUACUAGGUCGUAAGGCACCAGAUGCUCAAAGAACAAAGUACUAUUAUUAUUUACAUAGCGAAUCAUGGAGUACGAGUAAAUAGAACUAGUACUAGAAGAAGUACUACUUCUUGUACUAGUUGUACUGUCCUUCAUCACCCCCAUCGCAGGCUUUUCUAACCCCCAUCGCAGCCUUGCUGGCACAAGGAAGAUCCAAGGAUGACUUGAUCAGGAACCUGAAGUGUCAGAUCGACUCGCUACAGAAAUGGCAAACUCCAGAAGCUAAGCGCCAACUACUUGAAGCUGUUACUGCUAGUAUUGGUGGUGAGGAUGCUCAAGGAAAUGGUCUGCAAGAUGGUCAGGGUCAGAAUAAGCGCUAUAAGAAGUCAUCUUCUCUCAAGAACAUGUUCAGCGUUGCUGCUAGAGAAGGUGAUGCUGGUCUACCAGGAGCUUCAGGACUGUCUUCAUCAUCGUCAUCAGGAAUUGCGUUUUCCGACGAUCCUUGCGAGAAAGAGAUUCAUCGAGUUUUUCAGAUCAGGGCAAAUCAGGAACAGAUGGAAGACUUGUUGAGGAAUGAACCGCACAAACUGCUCUACAACGUGCCUGACGACUUCGCUGUGCGAUACUACCAGGGCAAAAAAGCGGACGCCAAUUUGACGGAGCAAAAAAAACGUGUGACGCAGAUGAAGAAAGAGAAUGUUGAAAAGUGCUGGGGUGCUGCGUCGAAGCAAGAACGAGUGGAGUUUACAACGCGGUACAAGAUGGAUAUCGCCAAGCCACUGGUCGAUCAAGCUUACCGAGCCAUCUUGCGCGCUGCGGAUCAGGCGCUAGAAUUGCACAGACUGCAAAAGGUCAAUCCAACUUUCAAUAGCAGGAAUUACGAGAAACUUCUGGGCUUGGACGAACAACCACAGGAUGCGCCGCGAGAUAACCAGGCGUGGAAAACGACAAUCCUGAAAGAUCCAGGUCAGAUGGACGUCACGGAAAAACAACAGUGGCUUAGCCUCGUUAACCGACGCCGAAAACAGAAAAAUAUCCUCCUGCACACGGAUAAAAAUGAAAUUAUGGUAGUUGUAGUGGAUCUCGUGAUCUAGGCUUAGGCGACUGGAGGAGGAAGACGCGGCAUGUCUGAACUUUCAUCUACAUCUUCUAGAUGUAAAUAGGUAGUUGAGGACAACUUGAAUUCGGCAAAUUCAUUCGUCAUGCCGAAUUCCCUUCAUCCACAAGUUUGCAGUAUAAUUUCUAUUUUCUCGAUCAUCUUCUAUCACAAGAACUCAAGAACAUCUUCUAAUCAUCAUGGUGGCUUUAUCUUGAAGCCUGCUGUGCUCGGAGAAGGAGUCCAGGCUGAUGGAGAGGAUUUGGAUAGCGUAGAUGCUCUGACAAAGGCGAUGGAGGAACAGCUGAAAGCCAUUAAUCAUGCUGCAGACCAGUUGAAGUUAAGGCUUGAUGUUAUCUCAAGUGUUACCCUGGUCCAUCUGCAGCAGUGUCUUGAGUGUUACCCUGAUCCAUCUGCAGACAAAGCAUUUUGAGUAAUAAGGUUUGUUGCCUUGAUCUUGUUCAACCUUUAGAUUUUUUAGUACUACAUGUUGAUCUACUUGAAGCUAUCUCAUAUAUAAUAUUAGCCUUUCCUCUUUCUUUUUUUUCCUGUUUUUUGUUUUUUAUUUCAAUUUCUACUACUUAGAUACUAGGUCAAGGUCUACUGCCCCACCACAAAUAUUAUGUCCUCGUCGCGCCUUCUAAUGAAGUUACCUGCUGUGCUCCGCGAGCUUCCUGCAUACACCAACCCCGUGAAGAGUGGACAUGGAUUAAGGUGCGCGCAGCGAUUCUGGACCGAAUAUUAUGUCACUAUCCCAUGUGGACUAGUAUACUGACUGGGGACGAGCAGGGUCGUCCCAACAUGAUCUUUUGAUUUCUUAUUUGGGAAAGAAAGAAACAAAAGGUGGGAUAGGGAACCACGACCCAGGGCAUACCACUCAGUUCCCUCCUCGAUUUGAAAGGGAAAAUAAGGGGAAAAGGGGAAGCCACUCAGCCAGAAAAUAGAGUGAAAGAGAACUACUUACUAGCGCUAAGAAUCCACAUUGCGAGACGGACAAAAGCUCAGCGGUUACAAGAUUCGCGCUUUAUACUUCUAUGACGCUGCGUCAGGAGCUGCGGAACAAAAGGAAGCCAUGAAUCGUGGAAACCCAGAAUCGAAUGAUCCAACGCGCUACACUUUGAGAGGCAUCCGAUUAAGGCUCUCAGUAAUUCAUCUAUCACUAAUUCAUUCGUUCUUGAAACGUAUGUUGUGCGGGACAAUUGUGGAGGAAAACAACUCGCCUAAAUACCUUUCAAGGAUGCAGCUGAAAGAUGAAUAGUGGAUAGCUCUAAUCCGAUACGACCAGAUGCUCUAUCUCGAUCAACAGAACGAGCGGCUGCACGUUCUUGGCAGUAGUUCUCUUAUGAAGCCAACCUAAGUAGUGUUAUAGAGUAGUCCGUAUUUCGAGUCGCGGGUUGCUCGAGUUCUCUCGAGUUGCCACGAGUUGCCGAAACGCGCCGGCCCAAUCCGGAACGAGUUGCUGCCGGGUUCCUCUGGGCAGCUUGCCACUUUGAAAGCGUAGCACUCCGCGGCGGUAUGGCGGGCCAAGAUGCCGCGGAGUUCCGAAGAAAGUCGCGGCCUGUUGUCUCUUGGCAGGUCUGCCGUCGUCUGCAUUGAAGAGACACGCCCCGGCUGAGCUCCUCGGGGCUUGAGCUUCGUGAAAGUAACAGGGCGAAGCUCGCGGCUUUUUUUGUUUGAGUGGCGCGGGCCCGUUCCUUGCGAAGUGCAGCGCUUUCGUCGUUGUGUCGCUGUCUCUGCAUAGUCGUGCGCUGGUGUCGGUCGUGGUCUGGCUGCGUUGGUUUACUUCGACAAGAAUCCUGGGGCCUGAGAUUCGGGAGUAUAUGAGGGCGCCCGGCUUGUUUUUUGAACGAGGCCCCCUUCAGCAGCCAGCCUCACGCCGUGGCGCCCAUUUUUUUGCGCUGUAGUGGACUUAUUGGGUAGCGCGCCGCCUAGUGAGUAGCUAGCAUCACAAGCAAGACCCUCCUGAGUCGGUGCAUCUGAAAAGAGUGGCUUUAUUUGUGUGCUUGUUUUCUAGGGCAGCAGCUUUACUAGAUAGGCGCGCUAACUUAGUAAGACAAAACUAUGAGGGCAGGGGCCCCGGGUGGCGCUGCUCCUGUCUACCCCGCGCAUGCAGCGCCUCGCAGAGUGAGAAGCGACGCUACUGAAGGCGUUCGCUUUUGGAGGUGGUUCGCGCUCCUGGGUAACGUAUCGGGCGCAGUGAAAAGCUUUUUGGUAUGGAACUCGUUCAACUCGAGCAGCUCGACCCGAUACCGGGCGCAAAGAGUCUAAUUCUAUAAUAAGCACCUGCAAAUACUAAGUUUUGCGCUGGUCUCGUCCUUGUUAGUCGCCGUCUAGUACAUUCAUCAGCAUCAUCUUACGAAGCAAGCCUUGUGAAGCUGAAGGGUGAAAGAAUACUUACUCUUCUUUCAUGUGUUGUUUAAACUUUGCUCACUUCCAUCACUUCUAAGCCUCAGUAUCGCAGUGAGGAGGUGGUCUACUACCAGGAACAGAUGGAAGCGCACACAGAUCCACAAACGGGAAACACCAAUGAUCCGGAAACUACGGAGCCGGCUAAAUAUAUUUAUAUACGCAUUUCCGUCGUUCCUGGCGGCGGAGGCGCGGCUGCAGGAAGAGGAUCAGUUUUAGCUAUCCAAGGUUGAGAGGAGUCGUUUUAGCUAGUACGGUUGAGACGCGGAUUCGUUUUAGCUAGUAUUCAAGGUUGAGAGGAUCAGUUUUAGCUAUCCGCGGAGAAACAUGAUACUCAGGACGAAGGAUAAGAGUACUCAAGGGUGAAACAUUUUCAGGAAGGAUAAGGGUAUUCAAGUAUAAGGGUAUUCAAGUAUAGGGGUAUUCAAGGUUGAACCCCUUUUCAUCGAAAGGAAACUGAG